AAAAACCAAUAAUCUGAUUUCCGAGCAUAGAACACCAGAACAACACAAUGGAAAAAUGAAACACCUACUUGUCACUCACGACAACCAUUCUGCGAGAAAUUCAAGGGCCAGGAGAAUAUCUCUUAUGUCCCAAAGUGCCGCAAUCAUAACUGAAGAUGUCGGAGCACUAAGCAAUAGGGUAAGAGUGAAGGAACUCGAAAGUAGCAAGAGAGACAUCAACGCAAUAGAAGCUGGGAAGGAACCAGGAAAGAAUGAUAAGUUAGUGACUCUAGAACAAAGAGACCUGGUUGUAACUGAGAUUCGUUUCGAAAGGGGCCAACGUAGUAAGAGGACAGAAUCAAUGGAAAGAGGCGUAAUGUCAGAAACAUCUGGAAGUAGGAAAUCGAAUCGAGUCGAUGGAGGACCUACCAUAGGAAUACCGGACAAGUGCAAGAAUAGGUUAGACAGUUAUAAUAAAAUCGUACCCAUCGAUACAAUUGAACUUAUUAAAAAGAAAGAAGGAUUGGGAGUCGAUAAUGGACCAGUCAGGUACCAUAACGAUGAUGAUAAUACCAUACUCGCAAAACAAGACAUCCAUCCAUCAGAGAGGAAUGGAGUAAUGUUGAUACCGACUGGUGACAUCAUGAUUGCAAGUUGUGAUAACCCAGGAGAAUGUAGCAAAAAGGAAAACGGAGAAUUAGUAAUUAAUGGCAUGAGGUAUUGGAACACAGACGAACUUACCAUGAUGAGACCUAAAGCGAAUAGGGUGGGGUUGAGAUAUCAUGAUGAAGGAUGGAUCACGAUUUAUGAGUGGGAUGCCCACCCCCCUGAGAGUAAAACGGAGUAUGAAACGGAAGGAGGAAUGAUGUUUGUAAGUACGUGGGAACCAUGGGACCCUGAGGACAGCAGAAAUGAUAAUGUUACGAAAGAGGAAUCUACAAACGAUGACGAAUUAGCAGAUCAAGAUCAUUGGGAAGAAGUAGUGUUGAUACCAACCAGUGUCGUCACGAUUGAAAACAUGAUAAAAAUACAAAACUGGGAAUUAGUGAGUAGUGGCGCGAGGCAUGGAGAUAUGGACGAACUUACCGGGGGGAGAUCUGACGUGAAUGGAGUGGGAUUGGAGUAUCAUGAUGAUAAAGGGAUGGUGACCGAUGACCCCCCUGAUAGGAAUAAAGUAGAGUGGAAGAUGAAGGAGGGGCCGGUGGUUGUGAGCAUAUGGGAACCAGGGGUACCAGGAGACAAAGCAUGGCAACGAUGGGUGAACAUGCACCUACGCGAGGUAAUUGAGAAGCUCGAGGUGGCAUGCUAUAACUUCGUUGCAAAAAUAGUACACUGCGCCAUGAUGAUAACCAUUAUGACAAUUCUAAUGAGUAACAAAACCAUUCCGAAAUCUGAAAGUGCAGGGAUAGUGUGA